AUGAGGACGUCUCUGGCCGCCUCUCCAGCCGGCCUACUGCUCCUCGCGCUUGCCCUCAUUUGCGCGGCAGGGAUGAUGAAGACAGCAUACGGCGGCGACCCGGCGGCCGAACCGACGACCGAACCGGAGGUCAACGCGAGGAGGGCGCUCGCGACCAGCACCAGCACCAGCACCAGCACCAGCGCCAGCGCCAGCGCCAGCACCACUACUGGGGCGGCCAGCGUGCAGGUUGCCACGGCGGUGGCGGUGGGCAAGGCGCGGCUCAGCUUCAGCACGCAGCGCUGCGUGAGAAUGCCCAAGAAGGUGCUGAAGAAUGGCGUGACAGUGUGGUGGAAGGGCAGCGGGAACUCCAACAGCACGUUGGCGUUGGCGGGUGGCCAAUGCGCGCAGGUCAAGUUCUUUGAGGAUGGGGAGGAGGGGAGGGAAGUGCAUUGCAUGACUUAUGGGGAGGAAGGGAGGGAUGGGGAGGAGAGGGAUGGGGAGGGAAAGGAGGGAGGAAAGAGGAGGAGAAGGGAAAGGAGGGGAUAA